AGAGACGCCGAGGAAGAGAAGACGAAGAAGAAGGCGACCAUGUUGGUUUAAAGGAAGAAGAAACACAAUAGAGGCGAUUUAUUUCAAGUAAAAUUCAGUUAUUAAAGCGACUUGCAAAGAAAACAACUGAUCAACCGCAAACUGGAUAUACCUUGUAAAAUAACAGACAAACUAAGGUGAUAAGUUUGAGUCGUUGGCUGGCUUUGAGGAGGCAGUUGGUUGAUCACGGCCACACUCGCACACUUCACACACACUGACCUGAAGACCUGUGGUGUCCAGGGGGUGGAGGUCGAACACCUGGAGCAGAAAGGAGACGCUCACUGAGGACUGUACAGGGGUGGAAAGCUGUUUGGCUUUGGACUAGAUAACCCCCUGUGCGACUUGUGUUUUCAGGAUCCAUUUUUUUCCCACACGUGGAGUGAUACACCCCCACACAGUGGAAAUAAACGGAGAGCAUUACAGACUAUAUGAUUUUGGGGAAAGACUUGUACAAAGUUGGACAUCCUUUUUUCGAGGACAGGGAUAUUGAGCAACUCUUAUGGACUCAAAGUGGAAACAGGAAAUAUUGUUCCAUUUACAAACAGAAGUUUAAGUAUUGAACUAAGAUUAUAUUGAAGAAGCUAUUCCCCAAGUUCAGAUUGCCUUAGUUGUUCUAUUUCAGGACUUGAACCGCUUUGAUACUUGUUCACAUAUAAUUUUUCUAUAUUGUGGGCAAGUAUAUUCAUGCAUAUGAAUGCAAAUUUCUCUUCAUUUUGAAGAGCUCUUGUGUAAAAAAAAAACGUGUUUUUUUUAUGUUCUUGUACGUCAGUCACUCUGUUGUUGAAGGGGACCGAACUGCACGUACGUGUGUAUAUGUAAAUACAACAAAUCGACUUCUGUUGUAAAAGCUUUGGACUUCAAAAAAAAUAGAGAAUAUUGUUUGUUAAUGCUUUAUUAAACUUUUUUACUUUUGAAGAGAAUUUUUAAAAAGAAAAACCUAAGAGGCAAAAAUCUAAUACUUUGAAGAAAAAAAAAAACAAAAGCAAAGGAAAACAGGAAAAAUGGCAACCGCCAGAACAGAAAACGUUGGCCCAGUUGUCAUGGGACUGAACAAGCAGAACGGGCAGCUCAGAGGACAGACCAAACCAGCUUCAGUCCAGCCAGCACCCACAACUCAAGGAAAGGCCACGGGCGCACCCCAGAAAGCAGGCGGUGCCCCUCAGGAUGGAGGAGGCAUAAAGUUUGGAGAUGACUGGAAAAAGAGCCUAAAGCUCCCUCCCAAAGACAACAGGGUCAAAACCUCAGACGUGACAUCCACUAAGGGGAAUGAAUUUGAAGAUUACUGUCUCAAACGAGAACUCCUGAUGGGCAUCUUUGAGAUGGGUUGGGAGAAACCUUCCCCUAUCCAGGAGGAGAGCAUUCCCAUCGCCCUGUCUGGACGGGAUAUUCUGGCCCGGGCUAAAAAUGGAACAGGGAAAAGUGGAGCCUAUCUGAUCCCACUGCUGGAGAGGAUAGACCUGAAGAAGGACCACAUACAGGCCAUUGUGAUGGUGCCCACCCGUGAGCUGGCGCUGCAGGUGAGCCAGAUCUGCAUCCAGAUCAGCAAACACCUGGGAGGAGUCAAAGUCAUGGCGACCACCGGGGGCACCAACCUGCGAGAUGACAUCAUGCGCCUGGAUGAGACUGUGCAUGUGGUCAUCGCCACCCCCGGCAGGAUCCUGGACUUGAUAAAGAAGGGAGUGGCAAAGGUGGAUAAGGUCCAGAUGAUGGUGAUGGAUGAGGCGGAUAAGCUGCUGUCUCAGGACUUUGUGGUGCUCAUCGAGGAUAUCAUCAGCUUCCUGGCCAAGAACAGGCAGAUCCUGCUCUACUCUGCAACCUUCCCCAUCAGUGUGCAAAAGUUCAUGGCCAAGCACCUUCAGAAACCCUACGAGAUCAACCUGAUGGAGGAGCUGACUCUGAAGGGCAUUACUCAGUUCUAUGCCUACGUCACUGAGAGGCAGAAAGUCCACUGCCUCAACACACUGUUCUCCAGGCUUCAGAUCAACCAGUCGAUCAUCUUCUGUAACUCCACUCAGAGGGUGGAGCUGCUGGCCAAGAAGAUCACUCAGCUGGGAUACUCCUGCUUCUACAUCCACGCUAAGAUGAUGCAGGAAUACAGAAACCGUGUGUUCCAUGACUUCAGAAAUGGACUGUGCAGAAACCUCGUCUGCACAGAUCUCUUCACCAGAGGUAUCGACAUCCAGGCUGUCAACGUGGUCAUCAACUUCGACUUCCCCAAGAACGCUGAGACUUACCUCCAUCGUAUUGGAAGAUCAGGGAGGUUUGGUCACCUGGGCCUGGCCAUCAACCUGAUCACAUCAGAGGACCGCUUCAACCUGAAGGCCAUCGAGGACCAGCUGGUGACAGACAUCAAGCCCAUUCCCAGCAGCAUCGACAAGAGCCUCUACGUGGCCGAGUACCACUCAAGCAGCGGCGACUGUGACGUGGAGGAGGUCGAGGAGAAACCAGGACGCCAACAGGACAGCACCUAAACAGGACAUUAGGACACACCGGGCUUUUGCACAGACAUCAGCGCUUGCACACAGUCUUCAGGCAACUCUUUAGUUUCACAUUUCUCCCUCAGAGCCUGACAAAUGGAUGUAAAGGCUGUUUUUAUUUUUAAGUAUAUCCUUAGCUUUUUCCUCAGAGAGCUGCCUCAUUCUUUCCUUUCUUUCUUUUAAAUUAACUGAGAAAGUUUAAACUUCUGUUUUGCACCAACUCAGACUGGACCAUGCAUACUGUGUUUUUGAGCUUAGAAUAUAUUUUUUUCUUCUUAAAAUAGAUAUGUUUGUUAGACAGCAGCGCAAAUGAGCAUCAGGGCUGUUUUGAACCCAUCGUCCCCGGAGACCCGCGUUCAUCGCCAGCAGCGAGGUUGGGUCUGUUUUUAAUGUUACAAUGGUGCACUUACACCAGCCGUCAUUCUGUCCACUCACACUGCUGUUGUCACUUAAGUGCCUUACCUACUCCCAUGCCCACUCAUCCAUUCAUUAGUCUGCUGUCGUCCGUCGUGCAGCAGAGUACGAGCACAAAUAAGAUGAACUUAAACAGUAAACCAGAUUUUAUUUAAACAUCGCUUUAUGCAAGGGGAAAAAAAAAAAACAACAGCACACACACACGCACACACACACACACACACACACUCAAAUGAACACGGCUCAAACUCCUCAAAAACCAUCCUGAAUGUGAACGUUUAUUUUUAAUGUGAGCGUUGCAAUAAAAAAAAAGGGCAGCUUUAUUUAAAUACUUCGUGACUGUUUUUCCCUUUUUCACUAUGAAUAAAACAUGAGCAGAGUUUAAAAUGAGAAGACAGCCUAAAGACACAUGCCCUCAUACUGAUUCAUGGAUGUUCGCCUGCGACCACACAAGCAGCAUGGGAAGUGAAUAGAAGCCACAUGCUGUUACAUUAUAUCUGUCGCAGGUGAGUUCACCUGCAGACAGGUGUCGUUGUUUAGACGUUCUCUGACAUUUUAAAAAAAUCACAUUUGGCUGGUGAAUACUGUAAAAUCUGUCGGCCACUGCAGCUGGUGGAUGAAAGUCUGGUUUCCUGUCCUGCUGAUGCGAGGACUGAUGCAUCAGAGACGGUUCAGAACAGUUUUGAUCGCAGAAAUUUGCCAUUUCUAAGCUGACAGAUAAUUGAAUAUCACCAGGUCCAAGAGGUGAAGAUUCAUGGGUUUUUGUUGGAAGUUGGUGCAAAACAAUAGUUUGAAUUUUCUUUUUCUUUUUCCACCCACCACCCAUCUUUAGGUUUCUCAGUUACAAUGUGGAAAAUAUAAGGUUUGUAAA